AUGAUCUGCGUGACGCAUCAACUAACCGGGUCCGCCGACUUUUGGUGGGAUACCAAGCUGAAGACCAUGCCCCAGGACCGAGUGGACGGGAUAAUGUGGGAGGACUUCAAAACCGAGGUGUAUAACAAGUACAUACCUAAGAGCUACCGCAAGGCAAAGGCAGCCGAAUUUUACAACCUCACUCAAGGGCGCCUGUCAGUGACCGAAUACGACCGUGCGCUUUGUGACAUGACCCGCUAUGCGCCGGAACAGACAGAUACUGACGAGAAGCUAGCUGAUAAGUUUCGUGAGGGCCUGAGACCUGAGAUUAGGAUGACGUUGGCUGUCAGUGGAAAGCUUACGUACGCAGAGGCGCUGGCCCUCGCACUGGACGUUGAGGCGGCGAUGCCUAAGGAGAGGAGCGCGGGGAACACUAUGCUGGCACUACCCCUGCCACGCCCUAACCAUGAUAAGAGGAGGUGGGACGAGAGUCGGACCCACUAUGACAACAAGCGAUACCGCCCCGCCCCGAACCGACCGCCGUAUAGAGGCGGGCAGACCUCGUUCAACCAGAGGAGCGGCUCCCAGGCCAGACCACCCCAAUGCAAUGUUUGCGCCAAGUACCAUUUUGGGGAGUGUAGAGUGCCGAACCCGAUUAGGUGUUUCAACUGCGGAGGAAACGGUCACUUCUCUAGGGAGUGUCCGAGUAGAAACAUGGGAAUCGGGUCGAGGCAGAACAAUCAAGGUUUCCGUCAGCAGCCGAGGGCGCCACCAACGGGAUCGGGAGUGAACUGGGAUCAACCUCAGCGGCAGCAACAACCUUUCUGCCCGAGACUUCCCGCACAAGCUAGAGCGUAUGCCGUGAGUCAGAAGCAAUUCAGAAUUGAGCAAGGGAAUCACGAGAGUGGAAACUUGGCAGUAGGAGGGAUAGUAGAGAUUGCCCGAACUUGCUCGAACGUAGAAAUCGUACUAGGAGAACUUAAGUUAGUUGCUCAUGACCUACAAGUUAUGGCGAUGGGAGAUAUCGACGUAAUCUUAGGAAUGGACUGGUUGACCGCGAACUUUGCGACGAUUCGUUGUAAGGAGAGGCAGAUAUCCCUACAAGCUCCAGGUACGGAACCCAUCGUGUACCACGGAAUCUCGAUGAGCCGGCGAACCGCCAUAAUCUCCGCGUUACAAGCCACCGCGAUGAUGAAGAAAGGACGCCCUGCCUACCUUGUCUAUCUCCACAGAGAGGAGGAGGAGGAAAGGAGGCUCGAAGACGUCGCUGUCGUGCAAAAUUUCCCCGAUGUUUUUCCCAAAGUGUUUCCUGGACCGCCGCCGGAUAGGCAGUUAGAAUUCACGAUCGACCUUGAACCUGGAGCCGCACCUGUAUCCAAGGCACCGUACCGAAUGACGCCUAAGGAAUUGGAAGAACUCAAGAUACAACUGCAAUAG